AUGCAGCCCCCUGCUCCCCCGCACGACGAGACCGACACGGUUAUCGCGGGCUCCUUGCUGUGGUUCCGCGGUCGCGUGCAGUCGAUGCUGCGUCUUCGAUCGGACAAGGUGGACAACCUCUUCGACAGGGCUCACUCCAAGCGCGUCUUCCUCGACUUCAUCCGCGAGCCAGCGAGGCGACGGCUCAUGGUAUGGCCGGACGUACAAGAUGAGCUGAGCGUGGGGUACGAGCUGCCGCCAGGCAACCAGCGCAAGUCCAUCUUCUUCCUGAAGCAGCGGAGCUUCCGGGUAGAGGAGGACGGGAGCCUGUCGGGGAUCAUGAUCGGCGACCUGCCUGCGGACGUACUGGAGCAUCUUUCAGUGAUCUCGCACGAGGUGCUCUAUCCCAUCCUGGUGGCUGGGCGAGGGAAGGAGUCGGAGUCACUGAGCAAGGAGAUUCUCGACGUCUUCCACAAGUUCCUCUCCCAAGUCUUCCUCACCGUCGGGCAGACGCAGGGGAAGACGCUGCUGCCGCUCCCCCCGCGAGACCCGAACCAGAAGGACGUGUCGGAGCAGAGAAUCGUCAAGGAUAAAGAGAGGGUCCACGUGCUGGAAAGCUGUGUGGUUACCUGGACGCAGCAGAUCAGAAAUGUGCUCAGGCACGAGCCUCCGACGUUCAUCAUCCCCGGGGAGAGCACCACAGGCUCCUCCUCCGAGUUCGCCUACUGGAGGAACCGAGCCAAGGACCUGACGUCGAUCAACGAGCAGCUGUGCAGCAGCAAGGUGCAGAAGGUGCUGCAGGUGCUGGAGGUCACCAAGAGCACGUACGAGAAGCCCUUCCAGAAGCUCGUCAAGGAGGUGACGCUCGCCAAGCAGGAGGCCUGCAACAUCGACCUCCACCUGAAGCCGCUGGAGAAGCUGCUCGCCGAGUAUCGAGACACUCCCUUCACAGACAUCGGUCGCAUGUUCGCGCCCGUCAUGCUCGCGCUCUCGCUCAUCUACGCGCGUCCGACUCAGUUCGCCAACCCCGUGAGGCUGCAGAGCAUCCUGGAGAAGAUCUUCAACGACGUGAUCUGCGCGGCCCUCAAGUUCGUCAAUGGAUCUCAAGUCUUCUCGUCCGAUCCUGACGAGAUGGAGAGUCGGCUCAACGAGACCAUCGCCAUCUUCGGGCAGCUGAGGCGAACCUACCUCGAGUACAAGGCGCGAUCAGAGCAGUCCAAGGUGCCAUGGGCCCUGCAGGACGAGCUUGUGUUCAACCUACCCGACCAGUUCGUGGAGCGAUGCUACGACAUGAUCGACCUCGUGCAGAUGACCUCGCGGUUCUCAACCCUCAAGUCUGUUCAAGUUGGCGGUGAGAUGCGCAUCUCGCGAUCCAUCGACCAGAUCACCGCAGAGUUCCACGAGGCGCUCAAGCACGUGCAGGACACGGGGUACGACCUGCUCGACAUCUCGGCGAGGAAAUACGACGACGAUUUCUUCGAGUUCAGGCGGAUCAUCCGAGACUGCGAGAGGCGGUUGGGCUCGCUGAUCGCAGAGAGGAUGGAGGAGAUUCACACGCUCUCCGCCUCCUUCAGCUUCCUUGCCUGCUUCGAGGGCAUGCUCGACCGCAAGAUCAUCCAGGACAGCCUGGGCGAGCGAGAGCUGAGCUUGCUGCGAGCCUUGCAGGAGGAGGUGGAAAACGUGCAGGAGGCGUUCACUGGGGGCAAGGAGAACCUCCCUUUCUACUACAACAUGCCCCCUCACGCCAGCCGCGUCCUCUGGAGUCGCUCCCUCAGCGAUCGGCUACGAGGGCCCAUGGAGUGUGCAAAACGGAUGAUAAGGAACGCGAUGACGUCAGAGGCAGGGCAGGAGACUCUGAGGAGGUACGAUGAGCUACUGGAGGAGCUCAAGGGCUUCGAGGAGGAGGAGAUCAGGGCGUGGCUGGAGGGCAUCGACUACAAGUUUGGGGAGAAGAUGAAGCAGUCGCUGCUGAUCCGCGAGAUCGGAUCGAAGCGACUCAGAGUGAACUUCGACGCAGGUGUCUGGGCCCUGCUGCGGGAGACAAAGUACCUCAGCCUGUGCGAGGUUGAGAUCCCCGAGAUGAUCCGCGGGCUCUUUCAACGAGCUGAAAUCUACCAGCAGCACGCGCGGAACCUGGAGAUCAUCGUGAACGACUACAACGUGCUGCUGUCCUCCAUGGCAGAGGUAGAGGCUCCCCUCAUGUCGCAGAAGAUGGAGCUGGUGGACGAGGCGCUGGAGGAAGGGAUCGAGCACCUCAACUGGAGGAACCACUCCAUCUCCUCCUUCCUCAAGAAGACCACCUCCUACAUCACAGAUGCGGCGGCGCUGCUGAAGCUGCUGCAGAAGAACGUGAACAAGGUCUGCAAGCUGCUGCAGGGCUGGUCCAACAGCAGCCUGCACUCGGUGAGGAAGAAGACUCUGGGAGCCGAGGAGUACCUCCAGUUCUACCAGCAUGCGCUGGAGAGCCGUUACAACGGAUUCCGAGAGGAGAGCCGGCAGAUCCAUGCGCUCAUCGCUGAGAUCCACCUGGCACUAGAGUUGAGCAGGGGAGACCCAGGCUGGAAGCACUACGUGACGCACGUGAACCAAGUGAUCGUGGAGACGCUGAGAGCUGCAGUGCUCGACUCGCUCGACAGCAUCGUCAACAUGCUCGACCCCUCCAAGAGGAAGGACUCCCUCCCUCCCAUCGUCGAGAUCCGGCUGGAGCUCAUCGCCCCUGACGUGUUCUUCAACCCGGACAUCGGAUCCAACAUCUCAGGCACAGGACUCGAGGACUUGCUCGAGCGCUGGAUCGCCUCCUCUCUCGACGUCACUCACGUCCUGCAGAGGAUCGACGGCAGUGACAGCACCUACUACAACGACGUGGUCGUCAGCUCCGAGGUGCAAGGAAGGAUGGCGGAGAUUCGGAGCCUGGCGGCGGGAGUGUUCAGGUCGCUCAAGGAUCUCAAGUCUCGCUUCGAGGAGUUCUCCUCCUUCUGGCUCCAGGAGCCUCUCGACCAGUUCGCCGUCUUCCUCAACGACAUCAGGAACUCGAACCUCAGCGCCGAGGAGGAGCUCACCAACUUCGAGGAUCAGAUCCGCGUGCUCAAGGAGACCGAGGGCAGGAUCAAGCUGCUGAGCAACAGAGAGACGCACGUGUGGGUAAGCGUCGACGCGAAGCCGAUGAAGCAGGCGCUCUUCACGGUGCUGUCCAAGUGGACCUUCACCUAUACCAACCACCUGGUGCAGAAGCUGCUGGUCGAGACCGACGAGAUGCAGGGCUUCCUCGCUCGCGCCUCCUCCAAGCUCCGCGCGUUUGCGGAGGAGGUGGACGAGUCGUCGCUGAAGGAGAUCAUGACGCUGAUCAGCGACGUGAGGAGAAUGUCGGCCAAGUUCGAGGACCUGCACAGCCCGUGGGUCUCCUCCAUCUCCAUCCUCAAGAGCUACAACGUCGAGGUGCCGCAGUGGGUGCACGAGCAUGUCAGCUCGUCGGGAGCUCAGUGGUCGCAGCUGAAGAAGCUCAUGUACCAGUGCCGUACGAUGCUGGAAGACAACUCGCGAGCAAGCUCCUACCGCUUGUGGUUCGAGUCUCAUAUGCCCUUCACUAACUCCUUCGACAGCGACUUCGCAUACAGCAUGAUCGACGCGCAGCAUCGAGGACUCGCUGCUUCCCCCAGACCCGCACGAGAUCGCACGGGGAGCGAGGGGGCGGUGACCUUCAGCCUGCCGUCGAGCUCGCACGAGAGAAGCUCGGUGCCGUCACUGGCGCAGAUGCUGGAGGAGCUGAAAGAGCUCAACGUGGAGGAGGAGAUCUUCGACCUCCCGCUGACCUUCCAUGAGGGUCUGCUCGAGUGCAGGGAGGAGGUUGGGAUUCUCAAGCACCUCUGGGACCUCGCCUCGCUCCUCCACUUCGCCUUUGCGCACUGGCAUGAGAUCGCGUGGGUCGGGGUAAACCUGGAGGAGGUGGCGGAGGAGAUGAGGGGGGUGUGGCGAGUGAUCCGAGAGGUUCCCAAAGAGGUGGGCAUGAGCGAGUACAAGCAGGGCGUGUUCCAGCAGUGGCCCCUCUACUCCUACAUGAACGAGCGCAUGGCAAACGCGUUGCAGGCGGUGGAGCUGAUGAAGCAGCUGCAGGCGUCCAACAUCCGGCAGAGGCACUGGAAGCAGCUCAUCCGGGUGACCGGGUCGAACCUCAUCUCGGAGAUAGACAUCAACCUGCGCGAGAUGUUCUCCUUGAACCUCGUCCAGCACGCCCGCGAGGUCGAGGAGCUCGUGCGAGGAGCGGAGAAGGAGAGCGAGAUCGAAGCUCAGCUCGCGAAGUUGGAGAAGGAGUGGUCCCAGCUGGAGCUGGCCUUCCAACGCGAGGAAGGAAAAGUCUUCCUCCUCCCCCCCGACAGCGUGCUCUCCCUCCUGCACGAGUCUCUCAUCGAGGUUCAGCUCCUCAGCUUCAAUGUCUACGUGGUCAGGAACGCCUCCUUCUCCGACCAGGUCGCCACCCUCCAGCACCAGCUCGGCACCACAGAGUCGCUUCUCAACUUGUGGCUGCACGCGCAGCACAGACACUCGACGCUCGAGGCUCUCUUCGCCACCCGCGCGGCCGCCAAGGGAUGCGCGGACAAGGCUGCGGACUUCGAGGCGAUCGACCAGUCAUGGCAGACGAUGAUGGCGCAGGCAGCCGCCAUGCCCAACGUGGUGGAGACAUGUACGAGCGAGGAGCGCUUCAAGCAGAUCAAAGCCAUUCACAGCAAGCUCGAGGAGAUCGAAGCGGCGAUGAGAGGCUUCCUGGAGCAGGCGCGGGAUCAGUUUCCUCGCCUCCACCUGCUCUCAGACGAGCAGCUACUGAUGCUGAUGAGCUUCGAGGGUCAGCCUAAGGAGACGAUGGAGUACCUUCGCUUCCUCUUCCCCGGGGUGCAUGAGCUGGGCAUCGACUUUCAGGACGGGGGAGAGGCUCAGGUCUUCACGUCGGUGAGGGACAAGAAGGGCGGGAGAGUCAGCCUCACUCCUGUGCGGUGCGAUGGGACCAUCCUGGAUUGGAUCAAGGAGCUUGACAGUAAGACGACCGAGUCGAUGCGACGCCAACUGUCGGAACUCAUGCGGGCGACGCUCGAGUCGAGCGAGUCGCUGGCGAGCGGAGCUCAUGUCCAGCUGGCGCUGGUCUGCCUCUCCAUCGAUAAGAGCGCGAAGAUCGACGGGCUGCUGCAGGAGAUGCUCACGGCAGCUGGAGAGCAGGUGAGGAGCUUCAAAGACGCUCAGAGGGCAGAGGUGGACGCCUGGACAUCCCAGCUGAGGGACAACCAAGUGCACGAGCUGGAGCGCGACCGGCUCUCGAUGCUCCUCCUCGCCGCCCUCGACUGGAUGCACCUGAUGGAGCUGCUCGAGACGAUCCCGUCCUGCAACCCCAGCAGCUUCGAGUGGAAGAUGCAAGUCCGGUACCGGAUGGUGGAGGACUCGUGCGAGGUGCUGGUGGGCGAUCGAAGCCUGGGGUAUGGAUACAGCUUCAUCGGACACAACCUGAGCUGUACGCUGAAAACCCCUGCCUCUCGUCCCGCCUUCUACUCUCUCAUCCGCAACUUCAGCGAAGGAGCAGCAAGCCUUGUGACAGACGUCAGGCAGGAGAAGCUGCAGACGGUGACGUCCAUCGCUCACUCUCUAGGCGUCUUCCUCCUCCUUCACCGAGGAGGAGGGCUGACGACCGACAGAGACUUUUUGCUCAAGGAGCUCAUGGGGGUCGCGAGUGCAGGCGGCUGGUACGUCAUCACCAACCUUUGGGCUCUGCCCCCCAACGUGCUCGCCAUCGUCCAGCAGGCUGCCAGGAGCUUCAUCUUCGCCGUCCGAGCCAUGAGAUCGACGAGCAUUGAACCUCAGCUGAUCCCCAGCUUGAGCCUGUUCGGGAAGACGAUGAGCUCGAGCUCCUACUUCUCUCUCAUUUUCCGCCCACUGAACAUGCUUCUUCCCGACCUGCUUACCGUCGCCUGUAUCUGCCUGAUGGAGCAAGGAUUCCCCGACGCUGCGAGCUUGGGGAAGCGAGUUCACGACUUCUUCCUCCUCGCCCGCAAGUCGCUGAGCGAGUGUCGGCACUACCAGUGGAACGGGGAGCUGCUGCGAAAGAUCAUCAGGGUAUCCGGGCAGAAGAGGAGAGAGAUACUGUCAGAGACGUUGCAGACGACGCGCGAGGGAGAGGCGGAGAAGGAGAAGCAAGACUCCUUGCAGAUUCUCGGACAGACAGCGCUCAAGGUCCUCCAGCCGCAGCUGCUCGAGCAGGAUAACGCGUCGGUUGAGCUGAACCUGCAGGCAGCGGCGGGGGAGCUGCAGCUGGAGCUGAGCGAGGACUUCUACAGGCUGUGCGUGCACUUCACCACCUUGUCAGCUCACUUCCCAGCUGUUAUCCUCCUCGGCCCUCCUGGCUGCGGCAAGUCCUCCAUCGUCCGCACAUGCGCAGUGCACAAGAGAAUGUCCAAGGUGCCGGUGUCGCUGAGGACGGUGACCUGCAACAUGAUGGAGGUGCGCGAGCUCUACGGCUUCUUCCCCGACAAGUCCAUGCGAUGGCAGGACGGCAUUCUCUCCUCUGUCCUCCGUGACUUGAGCGCUGCUGCCCUCGCCGACCCCAACUCGCAGCAGUGGCUGCAACUGGACGGAGAACUGCAUCCGUCAUGGAGCGAGCCCAUGGGAGAGGCGCUGGAGGAGGAGGGGGAGGUGGUGUUGCCUUCGCAUGAGAGGAUCGUCAAGCCCCAGCAGGUCAAAAUCCUCUUCGAGGGGACCAGCCUCAAGCAUGCAGACCCCAACAUGGCGGCGCGAUGCGGCAUCCUCUACGUGCCCCCGAGCGAGGAUGGCUGGACCAACACGACGAGAUGCUGGAUGAGGGGCAUCGACGACACGGAGAUCUUGUCUCUCUUAGGAGACCUGCUGGGCGAUGCGCAUGACGACCUGCUCCCCAGCGCCAUCAAGUUUCUCGCACGGGACCAUCGCGGCGGCGUGAAGGGCAACGUCUCCAUGCUUGACGCGCUGCCAACCAGGAGCCAAGAGGCUUCCUUCAACGAGAAGAGAGUCGCGUGGCUGGGGAACCUGCUGAUCUACUCCAUGCUCUGGAGCUUCGGCGGGCUGCUAAACAAGGACUCGAGGUUGAAGUUCAGCUCGUGGACGCGAGGAAAAUUGAUGGAAAUGGAGGGGAACAAGGAGCGCUUGAAAACGCUGAUCAGUUUGCCUCCUACCGGCAACUUGUACGACAUGUACUAUGACGUCGCCGACUCCACCUGGAAGGUCUGGAGCGACUCGCAGCGGGAGCAUCACUACCUGACCGGAGGGAACGAGGAGACCAACUCCGAGCUCUUCCUCGUCGCCCUCCCGCAGACCAUCGCCAUCCAGAGCUGCCUCUCGCUGGUACACAAGGCGGGCCAUCCCUUCAUGCUGCAUGGAUCCGUCGGCUCCGGCAAGUCUGCCAUCCUCACCGACUUCUUGUCGUGCCUGGACCCGGAGCAGACGAUCAGCGCGAAAGUUCCCGUCACGGGCAGCACCCGGCCGCGAGACCUGCAGGCGGCCAUGGCGGUGGUGCUGGAGCACAAGAGCGGGAGGCUGUUCGCUCCCAAGGGCACGAAGCGAGUCACCUUGUUCGUGGACGACCUGCACCUGGUGCGCAAGGACGCGAGCGGGAUGAAGCGAACGCUGGAGCUGCUGCGGCACAUCCUUGACAACGGCAACUGGUUCGACCUGACCCUCUGCGCCGAGUGCAUCCUUCAGAACUGCCUCUACGUCGCCGCCAUGUCGCCAUCGCUGACGUGGGUCGAGGAUGGGAGACUGCGCCGUCACUUCGCCUGCCUGCACGUAGAGGAGCCAAGCAAGGAGGCGCUGCAGGCCAUCUACAGAAACAUCGCUCUCUCCAUCUUCCGCGUGCAUGACGCUGAGGUACAGCGGAUGGCAGAGCCGUUGGCGCACACGUCAGUGAAGCUCUUGAUGGACUUGUCGUCUGUCUUCACGGCCUCCAACGAUCGCCCUCACUAUCUCUUUAACCAGCAUGACCUCGCCAAGAUCUUCACCGCCCUUCAAGCUCGCUCAGACCUCUGCUCCUCCCCAGUCUCACUCGCGCAGGUCUGGGCGUUCGAGUGUCACUGCGUCUUCAUCGGCAGGUUGACCAGCCACGACGAUGUGAACAUGAGCACGAGGAUCAUCUCCCGCGCCGUCGAGACCAUCGACGAGCAUCUGGGGCUGCGAGAAUCGCAGACGGAGACGUUGAAGAAGACUUCCUUCCUGUGCGUGCGAGAGCAGGGCAACGGCCUCACUGUGCUCCCCGUCCACGAGCAAGCCGAUCUCCAGGCGAAGAUCGUUAGCCAUCUGAGCGACUCCUUCCCCUCCCUGGGGGUCCCCUGCUCCCGCACCCCCUCGCUCGUCGACUUUCAGAGCAUGGCGGCUCUCUACGCAGAGAGCAUCGCCAGCAUCUCAGUUGCUCUCGGACAGCCCGGGGGGCACGCGCUGCUGCUGGGGCCAAGGGGGAGCGGGAAGACGACCUUGAGCCACGUGACUGCCAGGCUGUGCGGCCUGACCCUCGUCGACCUCUCCUACGACCCUGACAAGGAGGAAGAAGCGAACCUGCGCAGCCGCCUAUGCGACCUCUACUGGGACGCAGGAAUCAACCGCGUGAGCAUGGCGGUGCUCGUGAAGGUCAGAGGCAGGUCGUCGCACCGCAUGCUGUCCUACGUGAGCGACAUGCUCAACGCUGACGGGUACGCGCACAUGAUCUCCUUGUUUCCUGACUCGCGGCGGAACGAAAUCUUCGCGUCCUUGAGAGGAGAAGUGCGUAAGCAAGGCCUGGUUGACACCCCAGAGAACUGCUGGACUAUGCUCAAGUCGAUGGUCAACGCGAACCUGCACGUGAUACUGAGGGUGUCGGUGAGCGAGAGCUCGUCGCUCCUCCAGGUCUUGUCCUCCUUCCCCGCCCUGGUCUCCCGGAUGUCCGUCCACUGGGUCGGGAACUUCGUCUCGGACAACCUGCAGGCCUUCGCAAAGCACUACCUGAGGAGCGUGUGGGAGGGCGAGGAGGACGAGGAGCUGACGGUGCAGGCGGCCCGACACAUGUCGCUCGUCCAUCACGCGGCCAGCGAAGCAGCGCGGCACGACCACGAGAGACACUCGCUAGCGCUGCAUCCUGCCUUGUCUCCCUCCCUUCACAAGGAUCGUUCGCAGCUCGCCUCCUCGCAUCGCUCUCUCCGUGACAAGUGCGACAUGGCCGGCCGCGCCAAAGUGAAGCUUGAGAGUGCACUGGCUCGGCUCAACGACCUGGAGACCAUCAUCGAGGACCAGAAGCAGGUGGUGGAGCAGAAAAAGAUCGUCGCCAACCGCCUCCUCGCGCAAGUUGGUCAGGAAACGGCGCUGCUGGACGAGCAGCGAGCGGUGCUGGUGGAGGACGAGAAGAAGCAGGGAGCGCUGAGCGAGGUGCUGUCGGAGCUGCAGGCCAACCUCAAGGAGCGAGUCGAUCUCGCGGCUCCGCUGCUGGAGAAGGCUGAGUCAGGACUGAACCGGCUGGACUUUUCCAACUUGUCGGAGCUGCGAAGCAUCACCAGCCCUUCAGAGAGCUUGCUGGCUGUCUCCCGCUCCCUCGCCAUCCUCCUGACGCAGCGAGGAAAGUCUCUGCCGGAGGUGGAGAUGCUGGUGUGGAAGGAGGUCAAGAAGAUGUUCUCGAAGGUCGACUCCUUCCUCAACCUCCUGACUCGCUUCAACGUGAAGGACGCCAACGCUGACGCAGUGCGGGUGGUGGAGGAGGAGUAUCUGGUGCUUGCAGUGUUUGCCGAGGACGUGAAGGAUCCCCCGGUGGUUUCAGGGCUCAAGACGUGGGUGACCAACAUCAUCGCCAUGUUCCACAUCUACGAGGAGAUCAAGCCCAAGCAGCACGAGCUCAACAUCCGCAGCAAGGAGUGGGAGCUGAUGGCCGCCAAGGUCGCCGACCUCUCGACGCGCGUCAAGACGUUGGAGUCGCGGCUGACGGAGCUCAUGGCCAACUUCCAAGACGCCACCGAAGAGAAGAACGCCGCAAUCAAGACGCUCGAGGACCUGGCGGCAAGCUGUGAGAUAGCUGGAAGACUCGCCAAGGCUGUGACGAGCAGCGACGUCAACCCGAUCGAGGAGGCCAAGGAGAAGUACGACAGGCAGCUGCAGUGCCUGCUGGGGGACUCGCUUGUCGUCGCGGCGAUGGUGGCGUAUGCGGGAAGGCUGGACGUGAUGGGACGGCGCUUCUUUCUUGAGGAGAGCGUGGAAGCAGAUCUGAGAGCUCAGAAGCUCCCCCUCUCCGAGGGCUCUGAGCUCAAGCUGCAGGCCCUCGUGCGCACAGCGACGAUCGCCAAGUGGCACGUGGAGGGGCUGCCAACGAGCCGCUUCCUUCUCGAGUCUGCCAUCAUUGCGCUCUACUCGCCUGCUUGGCCCCUCCUGCUCGAUCCCGAGGGUGUUGGUCUCCGGUGGACCAUCUCGCUCCAUCGGGAGGAGAGCCAGAAGCGAGGAGGAGAGGCUGAGUGCGUGGUGAGGAAGGACGAUGACGUGGAGCUGGUCAGGACGAUGAGACUCUGCGUCAGCACUGGCAAGACUCUCGUGGUGCAUGGGACGCUGAGGCGACUGAGCGGCGACUUGUGCUCCCUCCUGCAUAGGAAGCUGUACAUGCUCAAACGAGUUGCGGUCGUCGACCUCGCAGGCGAGCCUACGGUCGUGCACCCUGAGUUUCGGCUUGUCUUGGUAGCGGCGUGCGAUCGAGAUCGUUUUGAGGAGGAGCUGGAGUCGGCGACGACGCAGAUCAAGUUCUCGAGCAGCUUCUCAGGCAUCGUCCGAGAGAGGAUCCUUGAGAUGGUGAUCCGGCUUGAAAUCCUCGAGAGCUCUGCCAACUGGCUGGGCCUGCUGAGUCGUCGCCACAAGAUGUUGCAGGUAGGACGUCAUACCUGUGUGUGUGCAAGAGGCUGA